AUGAAAUUAUUUCCAUACGUUAUAUAUACUUGUAUCCUUUGUAGCGUAAUCAUUGUGAUAAACGUGUUCCACUUCCAACUUGUGCAUCUGCUUCAUGACCUUACACUUCUUAGUAUAUUUAGAAGGAGGGCUACUCCUUCCGAAUGGGACGAACAUAUAGAGCGGACUGAAUUUAACCCUGCACAUUUGUUCCCCUUUUUGUUUUUAAAAAAUUGGCUCACCGUACCAAGGCGGAAGUCUUCCUCCCCAUGUGGUGGUGUUGUGGAGGAAGAAGGUGAGGAACAUGUUGCAAAUGUCUUAAACAACGUUGUCGUCGUCCUCCCCCUGUUGGAGAACAUUGCAGCUGUGUGGAAGACUAUUCAGAACAAAAGUUUCGAACCUCAUUCGAGAUUUCCUUCCAAUGUAGAGUUGAUCUCUCAGGAUGUGCGUACAAGUGUUUACGCAGUUGUUAAAAAAAUUUGCAAGCAUGUCCGUUUGUUCUUCAAGGGCGUGAGAGCCUCUGUGGGUGGAUUGUCACGUUUGGCGUUGGGGAGGAAGAGUGAUUGGGGGACAUUCGGUGUGACCUUUGCCCAAGCGAGGGAGAUGGAGAAGGACUCGCUUGAAUGGGGGGUGAAGUCCCCAGGAAGGAAUCAUGAAGGAGGGACAUAUAGCCGUUGUUCAAGUGAAGGCUCCGUCCGCGCUGGAUCCGGCAAGUGUCGGGACCUCCUCAACGACAAGUAUCUGCUAACGAAGAAGAUAAAGGAUGUGUUUCGCAAAACGAGAAGGAGCAGCUACCAUGAGUUGGAUGUCCUUAUGAUCCCUCGUGCGGCACUGGAGCAUGGAAUGAAAGGCGACGAGACUUGUACAAAUUGCAUGGUAAAUGCUGAUCACUCACUUUACGCGUUGCGGUUAAGAAGCGACCAUUUUGGCGAAGCACACACAAAAGCGAUUUACGGGUCGAAACCAGCAGAUGUACAGAUAUACUAUGAUUAUGACCACGAUCACGAUCAUGUUCACGAUCAUGUUCACGAUCAUGUUCAUGUUCAUGAGAAGACAGCGUACAUAGGAAAUAUUGAGUCCAGGGGGAUGGAGGGAGGUGAAAUUGGAACAGGUCGAGAGAAGACCGAAGAGAAAUUCUCCAUACCAAUGGCAUGGCUAAAGGGAACAUACAAAAUGAUUGAUUUUGUAAAAAGGUUAUUCCUCGGCUAUGUAGAGAAACCGGACUCUGACCUGAAGAGAGACAUAAAGCGCUACGAGCCGAAGAACCUAAAGUACACCGUUAAGGAAAAAAUGGGAUCAGGAGCAUUUGGAGAAAUUUGGUAUGCAAUAAAUAUGAACAAGGAAUCCCCAUUCAGAGAUGUAGUUUUAAAAAAAAUUUUAAUUCUUCAAAAUGAACAAGCAUCUGAGACAAGUGCAAAGAGAGAGAUAUACUUUGGGGAGGUUUUAAAGAAUUGUCAACAUGUAAGUCGCUUUAUUGAAUUUUUUACAGAAUAUGAAAGAGGAAAUGGAAAUGAGGAACACAAGUAUGUAUGGCUCGUUUUUGCAAAUGAAGGGUACUCAUUGUCCAAUCACCUCUUCCAUGUAGACAAAGAUAAGGGGGGGAUGUUAACUCCAAGCAGGUUGUGGUGGAGCAUAAAGAAGCAGAGCAUUGGCAUGCUAGUACUGAAAGAUUUAAUGCACCAAAUUUUAAAAGGAGUUAACAAUGCACAUAAAAUGGGCAUUACUCAUAGGGAUAUAAAAAUGGAAAAUAUUUUCGUUUCUGCAAGUACCCCAUUCACUGUUCGUAUUGGUGACUGGGGUAGUGCAGUAGAGUAUAACAAUGAGGACUUUUUAUUUCCUGUUUCAGAGAAUGAAGAGACAGAAGGGUACCAGCCACCCGAAUCUUUAUUUGGUCAUAUGAAAAGAAAUUUUAAGCGCCGGCCUUAUUACGAUAUGUGGGGAAUAGGCAUUGUAUUUCUGCAGUUUGUCUUGGGUACUAAAAAUCCUUUAGAGGUUAAAAAUAAAAGAAAUGCAAUGAAGCUUCAUAAUUUUUACUCCAAGUAUGCAACCCCGGAUGCAUUAAAGGAGGCAAUUUUUUUACAAAGUCUGUCUGAAUUAUGUUUAAUGCCCUGGAGUCCAUCUUCAAACAAAUUGAUUUCUCUUAAACGGGAAGAAAGACUACCCCAUUCGUCCAUUUUUAAAAAUAACUUCAUUUUGAAUACACUCUAUUAUUUUCUCACUUUCAAUUUGGUUCAUUUAAAGAAUCACAUCUUGAACAACUGGCGGAGUAGAUACCUUGCGAACACGUAUAACUCUCUCGUGCCCUUUUUUCCGGAUUCCUCUCCCCUUUGUGCAGAUACCAAAUGUCUGCACUUGUACGACCCUGGUUUGGCAUCCCCUCCUAGUUUAAGUGGCCACUCCGGGGAAGCUUUUUACAAGAAUAUUAUGGGCACGAAUUUGCACCUCCAAGAGGGGCACACGUGUGUGGACUGCGACAAUAAUGCCAAGAUGAACCAAAUGAUGUACCAACACUCUCGAGCGCACGCACUGCUUUCCCCUCCCUGUGAUGACGAGCAGUUUCAGAGGAUCUUGCAAGAGAGAGACCCUUCAGGCGUAGGGCUCCCAAACGCCAACGCCAGAAACCUCCUCCGGCGCCUGCUCACCUUUGACUACGCCACGCGUAUUACCGCCGAGGAGGCCCUCAACCAUCCUUGGUUCGCCGAGCCAUAA